UUUUUCUUUAUAACGCUAGAAUAGUAAUAUUUGUAGUGGAUAUUGACCCUACCCCUGGUGCAAACUUCCCCUCGUUUGGACACCCCCCGAGUCACCUUGAGGAUAUUUUUAUUUUUCUCAGUCUCAAUCUCAUUCCCAAUCUCUGUUUGUGGUUCGUAACCGGGUUUUUUUGUACUUCAAAAGACAUUCGUGUUGGCCUGGUAACGGGAUAUAGAAAUCAAUCAGAUUUAAGGAAAAGGAAAACAGGAAGGUUUUAGAUUUUUUUUUUUAAUAUUAUUAUUCAAAAAAAAAUUAUCCUAUAGAGCAUUGGCAAUUUUUUCUUAUUGAUUCUAAUCAAUCAAUCUGUCUUAUUCAGUGUGAAUAGGCAUCUUAGAUUGAAUACAAUUGCAUCGAUGGCCGAGGUGUUGCUUUCUCCUUCACAUAUAGGCCAAUCGGUCCGCUCAAGUCAGGGAGGAUCACGAUCUGGCAUUCGGUCGGGAUAUGACGAUUCCCAGGACAGUGGCAAUGAUACAGAGACCACCAUUGCUGAUAUCGAUGAUCAUCCCCAGGGAACCGGGUCCCGGUCCGGGUCCCGAUCCGGGUCUGAGUCUAGAUCUAGAGCUGGAUCGGGGUCUAGACACGAGUCUUGUUCUGAUGAUUCCCCCAUAUCUUCUCUACUUCACCAUCAUUCAUCUCCAAAGCCUCGUAUGAGACCCAUGUCAUCCACAGAAACCAAACGUGAACGACCCAAAUCCUCCUUUUUGGAUUCCCCUACCCAUACAUUACCGGCCAAUCUUGCUGAUUUCCUCAAGAUUGAGAAUAAUACUUCUGAUCAUAAUCAACUGAUUAUCAAGAAGAAUAAAUCACCAUCAAUGAGGAAACCGUUUUUGAACUUGUCCAAUUUUGUGACCAAUAUCACCAAGAAGGGGUUAGCCAGAGCACAAACUACUUUGAAUCCUGGACUCCCCACCCUUACAUCAUCUUCCAAUAAGGAAGAACCGGCAUUUUCCCCACCAAAUUCACCCACUGCACCAAAGAAGAAUUCAAAUAAAACCAUUAGAAGAAUUCAUUCCAUGUAUCAUACCCACAAGGAAAAGGAAACGUUCAGUAUGGAAGAUAAUUCAAUCCUUUCACAAUCUACCCUCAACCAUUUUAAGGUUGAUAAUGAUUUACUCCCAAGAAUUUCUCAUGACGACAUGUACAACAUCUUACUUGGCAAGCAUAACCACGAGUUUGACGACUUUGUGAUAAUUGACAGUAGAUUCAAUUAUGAAUUUAAUGGAGGUCAUAUCGAAGGAGCAGUCAACAUUUCAUGCCAACAGGAGUUGGAAAAUAAAUUCAUCCAUCUGGUGGAAAGUACCGACCUGAAAAGAAAAUUGGUGAUUUUCCACUGUGAAUUCAGCAUUUUCAGAGGCCCCACCAUGGCAUCUCAUUUACGGAAAUGUGAUAGAAUCCGUAAUAGUAACAACUACCCCAACUUGACGUAUCCGGAUAUCGUCAUCCUUGAAGGUGGCUACAAGAAGUUUUAUGACAAGUAUAAGGCUCAUUGUGAGCCACAGGCUUACAUCGAGAUGAAGGACAUCAACCAUCGUAAGGCUUGUGAAUUGGAAAUGGACCGGGUUCGUCAGGCCAGCAAAUUAACUAGAGCCAAGUCAUACACCCAGUUCGGUAUUCAGCCUCCUCUUCAUCAUAGACCAUCGAGUAAGAGUUUGGUGAGACCACAUUCAUUCCAACAUACUCGAAGUAAUUCAUACACCACCGUUACCUCUCAUGCUGAAAACUUGAAAAUUUUGAAGAGACAAAGAUCAAUGUCCAAGGUGAAUUUACUGGACAUAGCUGCAGCUGCAGCUUCAGUUUCUACUUCUUCAUCACAACCUAGUGGACAACAAUCACCCAUGGAAUCUUCACCCACAAGUUUACGUGCACAAAGAUCCUCCACAAUUUCAUAUUCGCAGUCCAUCUUCAACUCAUCACCAACUCGUAGUCCAUUGGCCAAUGGGUCGAACCCUUCGUUCCCCACCUUGGAUGAAGAUUUCCAACCCCCUACAGCACUUUUCAAAUCUUCAAACGGAUUGAAUAGACGUUCCAUCAAUACUCUUUCGUCAUCAUCAUCGAUCAACUCGUACUCAUCCGAAGGAUCUGCAUUCCUGUCAACCGAAUCAUUGUCUGACUCGUACUCGUCGCCCAUGACUGAGUUUACAGACUUUUUCGACCAAAAGGGCCAAGGCCAUGGCCAGAGCCAAAGUCAUCAUAUGAAGUCCAACUUCAACCCUUACCCAUUAUCGAAAGCAGGAACUUCUGUACUUAACCCAUUAGCAAAGAAACCAUCAUCUGCAUUGCCACAACUUCCUGGAAGACCCAAUGCGUCCAACCACCAAUUCAAAUUCCCAAUGCAAGGACUUAAACCGAAGACAUCUCGCACUAAUUUAAACCGGAUCAACACAUCCAAGGCUCAGCAACAAGCACAUAAUACAUUCCUACCAACAGCUAGCUCAUCGCCCGUGAUAAGCUCUCCACUUUCCACCAUCACUCCUGCAUCAGACUCAGGCACACUCAUAUCAUCACUCAUUGAUCCCAUCAAUGAUACACCAGUCGAUUUCCUGGUCCCAACAAAGCAUCUGAAGCAUUCCAGACGGAGAUCAGGAUCUCUCUUGUCCAGUGGGUGCUACAACUUCAUUUCUUUAGACAUUGACGAGAUCGAUGAAGAGGACGACAAUGACGCUGAUGGCACAUUAACUGACAUCAAGCUCUCGACCGAAUUCAUUCAAAAGAAUCCAUUUAAUAAUUAAUAGGUAAGCACUACAAAAUUAA